AUGGCUUCUCUAACAACUUCCAUCAACCAGUUUGCCCUGGAGUUUAGUAAAAAGCUAGCUGAAUCUGCAGAGGGUCAAAAUAUUUUCUUUUCCCCCUGGGGUAUAUCGACUGCCCUGACCAUGGUGUACACGGGCACCAAAGGUGCCACUGCCACCCAGAUGGCACAGGUGCUUCAACUGAACCAACAGCAGGACCGAAAAUCUUGCCCUGAGAGUGAAAAGAAAAGGAAAACGGAAUUCAACUCGGGCAGAGAUGAAGCGAUAUGCUCUGAUUUCCAGGCUCUUAUUUCUGAGAUCAACAAACCAAACAAUGCCUACAUCCUCAAGACAGCCAACAGACUGUACGGCGAGAAAACAUAUCCAUUUCUCAGUAAAUAUCUAGAAGACAUGAAAAAUUACUUUGGUGCAGAGCCACAGUCUGUUAAUUUUGUGGAGACCCCUGACCAAGUCAGAAAGGAAGUCAACUCUUGGGUUGAAAAGCAGACUGAAGGUAAAAUCCCAAACCUCCUAUCCGAGGACGCAGUGGGCUCUACAACGAGGAUGGUUCUGGUGAAUGCGCUUUACUUCAAAGGGCUGUGGGAACACAAAUUCUCUGCCGAAAACACCACAGAAAAGCCUUUCAGAAUCAACUCCACCACAAGCAAACCAGUACAGAUGAUGUCAAUGAAAGCAAAACUCCCUGUAUUUCACAUAGAACAGCCACAAGCCAAGGGUCUUCAACUUUACUAUGAGAGUCGUGACCUCAGCCUUCUGAUACUGCUGCCAGAAGAUGUUGGUGGACUGGAUCAGCUGGAGGAGGCCAUCACCUACGAGAAGCUGAGUGAAUGGACCAGUGAAGACAUGAUGGAGCAGUACCAGGUGCAGCUGCACCUUCCCAAGUUCAAGCUGGAAGAAAGUUAUGACCUCAGGUCCGUCCUGAGUGGCCUGGGGAUGAGUGAUGCCUUUAACCAGAGCCAAGCUGAUUUCUCAGGAAUGUCUUCAGAGAGGAACCUCUAUCUGUCCAAUGUUUUCCACAAGUCUUUUGUGGAAAUAAAUGAAAAAGGGACAGAGGCUGCAGCUGGCUCUGGGAGUGAGAUAAGAUUCAGGAUUCGGGUCCCCUCUAUUGAAUUCAAUGUGGACCACCCGUUUCUGUUUCUCAUCAGGCAUGACAAAACAAAAUGCAUCCUUUUUUAUGGGAGAUUCUGCUCCCCUUGA